CGCUGCCACGCCUGGGGCGCGGCGGCCGCGGAGCUGCAGCCAUGCUGUUCUGGCACACGCAGCCCGAGCACUACAACCAGCACAACUCCGGCAGCUACCUGCGUGACGUGCUCGCUCUGCCCAUCUUCAAGCAAGAGGAGCCCCAGCUGUCCCCCGAGAACGAGGCCCGCCUGCCGCCCCUGCAGUACGUGCUGUGCGCGGCCACGUCGCCCGCCGUGAAGCUGCACGAAGAGACUCUGACCUAUCUCAACCAAGGUCAGUCUUACGAAAUCCGGCUGCUGGAGAAUCGGAAGCUGGGAGACUUUCAAGAUCUGAACACAAAAUAUGUCAAGAGCAUCAUCCGCGUGGUUUUCCACGACCGCCGGCUGCAGUACACAGAGCACCAGCAGCUGGAGGGAUGGCGGUGGAGCCGGCCUGGGGACCGGAUCCUGGAUAUUGAUAUUCCACUGUCUGUUGGUAUCUUGGACCCCAGGGCCAGCCCGACCCAGCUGAACGCAGUCGAAUUCUUGUGGGACCCUUCGAAGAGAGCCUCUGCGUUCAUUCAGGUGCACUGCAUCAGCACAGAGUUCACUCCCCGGAAGCACGGUGGCGAGAAGGGGGUGCCUUUCCGGGUGCAGAUUGAUACAUUUAAGCAGAACGAGAAUGGGGAGUACACAGAGCACUUGCACUCAGCCAGCUGCCAGAUCAAGGUGUUCAAGCCCAAGGGAGCUGACCGGAAACAGAAGACUGACCGGGAAAAGAUGGAGAAAAGAACUGCCCAGGAGAAGGAGAAGUACCAGCCGUCCUAUGAGACCACCAUUCUCACAGAGUGCUCCCCGUGGCCGGACAUGGCCUACCAAGUGAACAGCGCCCCGUCUCCAAGCUACAAUGGCUCUCCAAACAGCUUCAGCCUUGGCGAAGGGAACAGCUCUCCGACGCACCCGGUGGAGACCCUGCCCCUGGGCAAUGAUCACCUGCUUCCGUCAGCCUCGAUCCAGGAUGCCCAGCAGUGGCUCCACCGAAACAGGUUCUCACAGUUCUGCCGGCUCUUCGCCAGCUUCUCGGGUGCUGACUUGCUCAAGAUGUCUCGAGACGAUCUGGUCCAGAUCUGUGGCCCUGCAGAUGGGAUCCGGCUCUUCAAUGCCAUCAAAGGCCGGAAUGUGAGGCCAAAGAUGACCAUUUACGUCUGUCAGGAGCUGGAGCAGAACCGAGCACCGCUGCAGAAGCGGGAUGGUGGUGGGGACAGCAGUCUGUGUGUGUACCAUGCCAUCUUCUUGGAAGAGCUGACGACCUUGGAGCUGGUUGAGAAGAUCGCCAACCUGUACAGCAUCCCCCCCCAGCAUAUCCACCGAGUCUACCGGCAGGGCCCCACGGGCAUCCACGUGGUGGUGAGCAACGAGAUGGUGCAGAAUUUCCAAGAUGAGUCUUGUUUUAUCCUCAGUACCUUAAAAGCCGAGAGCAAUGACGGCUACCACGUCAUCCUGAAAUGUGGCCUCUGAGCAGAAGCAGCGUGUGUAAAGUAAAGCCUCCACCUCCCAGCCCCGUGGAUUCCCUUGGACGUAGAAGUGGCACCUCUGUAGGCUGCGGCCUCACCUGGCAAGCUGUGACUAGGAGGGCCUUGGCCCCGUCUGAAAACCACGGACCAGUAACAGCGGAAACCCGUGGAUGCGGUCUCUGGCAUGCGGAAAGCCAGUGGCUCCUCUCUCCCUUCCUCUUGGCCUCCGGCUUUUGAAUCGUUCCUUGUUCUUUGCCUGCUGUCCUAGAGAGGCGAACAGUGGGGGCAUCUUCUCUGAAACCCCUCACUCCCUUGUUGGAGGCUAGGUCACUGGGUAUCUUGGUGCCACUGUACCCUUCUGAACCACUCCCCUGCCUCCAGGGAAAGCCCUGCCUCACCCCCAACCUUCCCCUUCUUUGGUAACCGGCUCCGUGACCAGGACUGCUGACUGGAUGUAGGUGGGUCGCCUCCAUUCUGUCUUAAUGUUGGUUUCCCUUCUCGGCGACCCUGGUGAGCAUCUGUCUUUCCAGUUCUCGGAUGGAUUGAUGGGAAUGGGAUUUAUUCUGUGCCUUCUGCUUCUUUCACCUUCACUCUCAUUUCUAAGGACCUGCCGCUGCGGCGCCCAGAGAUGGGCUCUCCUGUCUCUGCGUUAGUCAUGUAGACACUACAGUGCAUGCGUAGGACCCGCCACACAGACCCGGGUCUGUGCCCUUGGGAGGGAGGGAGAGGAUAGAACAACUAUUUUCAGGUACUUUCUCACGCAUAUAAAAGGGAUGAGAACAAAACGAUUUAUUUUUUCUUGAACUUAUUUUAUAUAAUUUUAUUUCCUCAGCAAUCAUGGGUAAAAGGAGGACAUUUUAGGAAAUGAGUGUCCCACUGUGUGAUCAGAUGACCUUGACAGUCAUGAUAGCAGGCCCUUGUGCAUGGACUGAACCAAGUCCCGAAUAGAGAAGACCUUGGUUAACCACUGCCAAACUUGCCAAGUUUCCUAGGGACUUUGUCUCCUCUCUGAGGACCCCCAUUUAAAUGUUUAUCUUUUUUCAUGUGUAGAGAGAGUGUUUAGGGCAUUUUGCCUGCAUUGGGAUGGUUGGAUCACCUCUCUUAGUGGCUUAAUUAUGGGGAAAUUUGAGUAUACUGAGGAAUUAGUCUUCAUCUUGCCUCUGUUUCCUGGGACCCAGUCAUCUAAACCCUUUGCUUAACUUAGGUUUAUCUUCCAAAGCACCAGGAAGCCCUAUGACCAACGGAGCAGGAUUUUACAACUUCUAAAGUGCAGCUUUGGGGAAUAUAGGGAAUAUAGAUAGUGUUAGGGUCAAAGAUGAUCAGAACUGGGUAGACCUUGUUUUACAGAUGAGGAAACUGAAACCUAGAGGGGCAAAGCCACCUGCCUGAUAAUCACGUAGUGACAGGGCAGUGAUAGAAAUUUAUCAUAUAAAUCAAGACACUUCAGAUGGCGAAAGGGGCUCUCUAGUCAUGGUUAUGUUGGGACAACAGAUAUGGUGUUCCUCCAGAGUACAACAGGCUCCUGAUUCCUUUUCUGUUUUACAGGAGGAUGGGGAGCAGGUAACAGCUUUAUUGAGCUAUAAUUCACAUACCAUACAGUGUACCCAUUUAUAGUAUACAACUCAGUGGUUUUUAGUGAAUUCACAGAAUCAGCACAUUCAAUUUGAGAAGAUUUUCCUUACCCCCAAAAGAAACCCUAUUCCCUUAAGCGAUCACCUUCCCUCUCUCCCCCCAACUUCGUUGGUCCUAGGCAACUGCAAAUCUACUUUCCAUAUAGAUUUACCUAUUCUGGACCUAUCAUGGUGGCCUUUUGUGGCUGUUUUUUUGUUUUUUUUUUUAAACUAAAUGUUUUCUAGGGUCAUCCAUGUCGAACAUGUAUCCAUACUUCAAUUCUUGUUAGAGCUGAAUAAUGUUUUGUUCUACACUACACUGCAUGUGUAGGACCCGCGACACAGACCCGGGUCUGUGGAUAUACUUACCACAUUUUGUAUAUCCAUUCACCAGUUGAUUGAUACAUGGGUGGUUUCUACUCUUUGGCUAUUAUGAAUAAUGCUGCUAUGAACAUAGUUGUACAAGUUUUUAUGUACACAUAUGUUUUCAUUUCUUUGGGGUAUAUACUAGGAGUGGAAUUGCUGGGUCAUAUAGAACUCUGUGUUUAACUUUUUGAGAAACAGCCAAACUGUUUUCCAGAGCAGUCAGACCGUUUCACAUUCCCACCAGCAGCGCACGAAGGCUCCGAUUUCUCCACAUCCUCACCAACGCUUGCUAAUUAUCUGCCUUUUUGAUUAGAGCAUUCUAAUGGGUGUGAAGUGGUGUCUCCUUGUGGUUUUGAUUUGUAUUUCCCUGACGGCUAAUGAUGUUGAGCCUCUUUUCAUGUGCUUAUUGGCCAUUGUCUUCUUUGGAGAACUAUUUAGAUCCUUGUCCAUUUGUGUUUGGGCCAUUUGUCUUUUUUUAUU